AUGGUACCGUCACCGGCUACUCAGAGCCCGUUGAUAGCAGAAUCUUCGGGUUCUGAAGAUAAUGAUUAUGAUUCCCUCUAUGGGAGUGGCGCGUACUGGACCGGUAUCUGGGCGACCGAUAUGGCGGACAAGUUCCCGUCGGCCCGAAUCAUUGGGAAUGAUCUCUCCCCAAUCCAACCUGAAUGGGUACCCCCAAAUCUCCAAUUCGAAAUCGAUGACUUCACGAAAGAAUGGGCACAUCAGCCCAAUUCUUUCGACUUCCCCGGCGGAUGGUUUGAAUCUGUUGAGACGACAGUGGAGCACCUCAGCGAUGAUAACUCCAUCCCCAAAGUCUCUGCAGUCCUAGAGUGGGGCCGUAACUGUAAGAUUGCAGAGGAGAAGAUUGGAAAGAGUUUCACUCUGGAGUAUAAGAUUAAGCCGUGGAUGGAGGAGCAGGGAUUUAUCAACGUGGUCGAGAAAGAGUAUAAGGUACCUGUGAGGCCGUGGCCUCGGGAUAAACAUCUUAAGGAGAUCGGGAAGUAUAAUUUGUUGAAUAUGCUGGAGGCAGCUGAUAUGUCCCUUUUGACUUUUGAGGUCCAUUCGCCUGGAGAAUCUGAAAUAACGUUGAUUGUAGAGGGAUUUACAAUGGCGAUUUAUACACGCGUCCUUGGUUGGAAUCCGGUUGAGGUCCACGCCCUGCUGGGACAGGUACGAGCGGAAUACCUUAAUAGAAAGGUCCACGGUUAUUACAGAUUAUUCGUUGUUUACGGCCAAAAACCAGAGGAUGCAGGUAAGGAUGCCGAGUAG